CCACCCCUUUGGCUGAUAUUAUGUGUCCCAAAUAAGCAACAGAUGUAGCCCCGAAGUUACACUUGGACUCUUUGACAAAGAGCUUGUUGGUGUGUAGCGUUUCUAGGACUGCCUUGACAUGUAUUAGGUGUUCUGUCCAUGUUGCACUGUAUAUGAGAAUGUCAUCAAAGAAUACGAGGACAAAACGACGGAGAAACCCUCCCAGUACUUCAUUCAUUAAAGCCUAAAAUGUUGCUGGGGCAUUUGAGAGGCCAAAUGGCAUAACCAAAAACUCAAAGUGCCCAUGGUGCGUCCGGAAGGCAGUUUUGUGGACAUCAUCUGGGUGAACCCGAACCUGAUGAUAACCAGAACGGAGGUCCAACUUAGUGAAAAUUUUUGCCCCUCGAAGCUCAUCGAGUAGUUCAUCGACCACUGGUAUAGGGAAUUUAUCCUUGACUGUUUUCUCAUUGAGUGCCUUGUAGUCAAUGCAGAAACGCCAUGAAUUAUCUGGUUUCUUCAUUAGAAGGACAAGUGCUGAAAAAGCUGAGGUGCUAUAUCUGAUAAUGCCUUGCUCUAACAUGGUCAUGCACUGUGCCUCAAGCUCAUCCUUUUGAAGCUGUGGGUACCUAUAUGGCCGAACUGCUACUGGUACUGUUCCUGGCAGAAGAUGGAUCCUGUGAUCACACCUUCUAGCUGGGGGAAGGCCACUAGGUGUUGUAAACACUUCCUGGAACUGUUGUAGCAAGCGGUCCAUCAUAGGUUUUGAAUCUUCACUUGCUGCAUUGACUGUUCGAACUGUCGGGUGCAUGUGAAUGUCAUCUCGUGAGGAGCCCAUGCCUUUCCAUAGAAUCCGCUUGCCUCGUCUCCAGAAGGCAAGACACAAGUCUUCCAGAUCCCAAAGGGUUGGCCCCAGGGUGCGCAGAAACUGGACUCCGAGGAUAAUAUCGAAGGAGUCCAGUGGAAUGGCAUAUGCUUCCAUUAGGAAGUCCUCGAGGCCGAUAGUCAUGCUAAUGCUGUUUGGGAACCUGCAGCAGGAGACCUUGUCACCGUUUGCCACCGUAGCAUGGAGACCUUGGCUGGGAUUGUACUCCAGUUUAAGAGUGCUUGCAGUGCCUAAGUUGAUAAAGUUGUGAGUAGAACCCGUGUCCAGUAGUGCUGUGAGAGCAUGUCCUCUGAUAGAUACCUCCAGCUGCAUUGUGCCCUCAGAUUGAAUACCAGUCAAAGCAUGCAGUGAUAUCACUGGUUCUGGUUCCUCAAGAUCGGUCUCCAUGGCUUCCCCCUCAAAAUCAGUGACCUCUAGAUAGAACAGUUAAGGGCAUCGGUGUCCUUUGACAUACUACUCGCCACAAUUGUAACAGAGCCCCUGACGUCGACGCUCGACCAUCUCAGCCGGUGUCAGCUUCUUGAAUGGUCAUUGCGGCGCUGUACUAACUGCUGUUGGAAUUUGUGGCUGUAGUGCCGGGACAGGUACUGAUGGGCGCUGGGGCUGUCGCAGAGCCUUGCUAGGUGUUGCUGUUGGAUGGAUGUCCAGGGCCUGGGAUCUCCUUUCAUAUGCUCGCGCUAAGCUCAGCGCUUGAUUAAGGUCUCGUGGCGCCAUAAGCUCCACAUCGAUCUUGAUUCGAUCCGGUAGUCCUGCAGUGAAUAGUUGCACCUGCUGCUCCUGGGAGAGAGGUGCUGUUUGGGCUAGCAGAUCCCAAAAUCUUUCCUGAUAAUCAUCCACUGUCGUGCGAAAGGGUAAUCGUGCCAGUUCACCCAAUGGAUUGCUGCGAAGUGGCGGUCCAAACCUUUGCUGGCACAGCUGUUUGAAAUGAGACCAUGAUAAUGGUGGUGCAUCACGCUGGAGCUGUCCAUACCAGGUUCGGGCGACCCCUGUCAUGUGAUAUGAGGCCAGCCAGACCUUCUCUUAUAUCGUGCGUUGGCCGUCGAAGAACUGGUCACACCGGUUUAACCACUGGAUGGGGUCCUCGCCAUCAAACGUGGCAAAUUCUAGUCGGUGGAAACGGGGAACGCCGACCAUGGAUGGUGGGAAUGGGUUGCUAGGCAUGUGCUGUGGAAUGUUUGGCAUUUGUGGCAGAGGUGAUGGCGAGUGCGGCAAGGGCAGUAGGUGGAUUGGCAGGGGUGUGGUGGUGGUUGUGUAUGCGGCGGCGGAGGUGUGGAUGGGCUGCGGGGGUAAGGAUCCCUCAGGGACUAGUGUGGUUGGCGGCAGGCCGCCGUACCCUGGCAUGCCGUAGGGGCAGCCAGAUGGAGGUGUAUCAGCUGAGGUUCCUGGAUUUUUUUCCAUGGCCGUGACGCGAGAUGAGAUGGAGGACAUAUGGGAGUUGAACUCCCCCAGCUGGCGCUGCAUGUCAGCGAGCAUCGUGGUGAUCGACUCCAACGAUGGCGACACCGUGGCGGAGGCCAAACUAUCGCCGGUGUUGGACCCUGGCAUCUCCGAUACCAGGUUGGUAUGAUCUCUACUCCUUAGGUUGUAUGAGUGGUAGGGGUAGAGCGCAGGCUGGAAGAACGGGGGCGAGAGGACGCCGUGCUGUCGCACGGUUGGGCACAAUGAGAGUUCUCAUAAAUCAUUGUCCUCAUAACUUGUAAUGGGUGGAAGCCAGUAUGAUGAUGACUGGGUGUUGCCCAGUGCCGAUAUCACUCUUGUUCUGGUUGGGAAACUUGGCUAUGGCAAGAGUGCAACUGGAAAUAGCAUCCUUGGACGGGAAGCAUUUGUAUCAGAAUAUUCACAUGCCAGUGUUACUAAUACUUGUCAGUUGGGAAGCACUACCCUGAAGGACGGCCGCACCAUCAAUGUUAUUGAUACACCAGGGUUAUUUGAUAUGAGCAUUACAUCGGACGAGGCUGGUAAAGAGAUUGUUAAAUGCAUGAACAUGGCUAAAGAUGGGAUACAUGCAGUUCUGAUGGUUUUUUCUGCCACAUCUCGGUUUUCUCGAGAGGACGCAAGUACAGUUGAGACCAUUAAAGUCUUCUUUGGUGAAAGGAUUGUCGACCACAUGAUUUUAGUCUUCACUUAUGGAGAUUUAGUUGGUGAAUCUAAGUUGAAGAAAAUGUUAAAUAAUGCGCCAGAGUAUUUGCAGAAUGUUGUUGAGCUAUGCCAAAACAGAGUGGUUGUCUUCGAUAACGUGACUGAAGACCGAAGGCUCCAAGCGCAGCAACUUGACAAAUUGCUCGAUGUAGUGGAUUCAGUUUGUGCAAAAAAUGGAGGAAAACCAUUUUCAGAUCAAAUGUUCACUAGCAUCAAGGAGGUGCAUGAUAGAGAAAAAGAGGUGCAUACCUCGGGAUAUUCAGAUGAGCAGAUAUCUGAAUUGAAAAAGGAGAUUCAUAGAACUAGGGAUGAACAGCUUGCGCACAUAACCAACAUGGUCGAGGAAAAGUUAAACUGCACUGUGGAGAAGUUGCAACAGCAGCUCAUGGAAGAACAGAACGCAAGGCUGGAAGCUGAGAAGGUGGCGUACGAAGCUAGGCUGAAAUCAGAAGCGGAGAUCCAGAAGCUCAAGGAGAGCCUCAAGAAAGCUCAAAUGGAAAAUGAUGAGUUCCGGAGGAUGGCGCAGAGCCAGGGCAGUAAAUGUGCUAUCCUAUAGGCAUUAGUACUUGCUAGAAAUUGGUGGAGCUAUCGUGCUGACGCGUCUCUUGUACGUAGUACUUUCUCUGUUCCAAAAAUAUAUAGUUCAAUACACCUUAGUAGAGAUGACUACGAGAGUAUCCAAACAAGACCUCGUCGGACAUGUUAGCCUGAAGCUUGCUUAUGGACAUAUUGGAUAUAGUUUUUGGGUGAGAACUUUUGAACAACUUCCUUGUUUUUUUCUCUCAUGUUCUAAUGCAUCUUUUCUCUA